UUUGAUUGACUCCCUAGCCUGGCCUCCGAAAUUGGUACUCACGAAUAAAUUAUGGCAAUUUUAUUAAUUUCGGUCGGUUUGUGUUUAGAUUUUAUCACCUAUAUAUGAUUUGCCUACUAGCUAUAGAAACCAAUAAACAGUGAAAAUGGAGAACAUUGAUUUCAGUGAAAAAAUUGAAAAAUAUUUUUCAGAAUUGGGUCGAUGGAAAGUGUGGCGCGGUAUUAUAUUAGGUCAAGUGCUAUCUCUUCUGUUGAGUGGAAAAUGUAUUCUUACUACAUUACUCCAGAGUGCUACUUGGCAGUUUCCUACUAAUGGACAACUAGUUAUCCCCUACUUUGUACUUUUCAUAUUAUUUUCUCCAUCUCUAUUAUGCAGAGGCCUUACACAGUUAAUGAAAAAAUGGUGGUUAAUUCUUAUAGCUUGUAUACUAGAUGUGCAGGCUAAUUGGCUGCUAGUUCUCUCACAAAGAUUCACCUCAGUAUUAAGCUGACAGCUGUUAGCAUGUAGCGGAGUAGGAGCAGCCUUAGUUGGAGGUGC